AUGGAUUUGGGAUCCUUCAAAAACCUACUGGAGCAUCUUCAAAGCCCCGAUCAUGAUGUUCGAACUGAGGCUGAAAAUACCCUUGGAAAUAUCCCCGCUACGGAUCGUCUCAGUUUCUUCCUUCAAUCCAUGACAGACACCACUUUGCCACCUGUUCCCCGGACUCUAGCCGCUGUUCUUUGUCGCCGUCUUUUGAUGGUAGAUUGUGAGGAGGCUUUUGGUCCCCUUCCGGAGGAAACCAAGAAUGGAAUCAGGCAGCAGCUUCUUAUGUCGAUCGUUAACGAACCGGUGGAAUUGAUGCGUCGAAAGAUAGCCGAUGUCGCAGCUGAAUUGGUUCGAGAACACUUUGGUGAUGAUCAUGUCUGCCAGUGGACUGAAUUCCAGCCAUUUAUUUUUGAAUGCUUCAAAUCGCCUAAUCCGAGCCUCCGCGAGGUUGCUUGUCACCUCUUUGCAAUCGUCCCCGCUGUAUUCGGUCCUGAUCCCACGCCCCUGAUGUCUGAUAUUGGUCAUAUGCUCAACCAGGCUCUACACGAUGCUUCUCUUAAUGUUCGCGAAGCCGGCUUCCGCGCUUUAUCUGCAUUUUUGGUUCAAAACUCCACCGAAAUUUCUAUCCAACACUCUCUCAAAGAUCUCGCUGAGCCUGCUCUUAUGGCGGUUGCCGCUAAUCUCGAAUCCGACUCUGAAGAUGAUACAAUGUUGAAGUGCUUGGCAGAAAUGGCUGAUGCAACGCCAAAGUAUCUCCGUCCCUUCCUCCUACCAACAUUGGAACUUUGUUACAAGGUUCUUUGCAACAACGACUUGGCCGAUCCCAUACGUCACAUCGCUCUGGAGGUGAUAGUAACCUUGUCAGAGAAUAUUCCCUCUAGUGUACGCAAGGCUGGCAAAGAUAUGAUAAAGCCGCUUGUUAGGACACUGUUGCAAAUGAUGACGGAGUUGGAAGAGGAUCCUGAUUGGGCCAUAGCUGAUUCUCCAGAAGAAGACGAGGAGGACAGCAACGCAAUUACCGCUGAAAUGGCUUUGGAUCGUUUCGCCUGUGCUAUGGGUUCCCAAACCGUGUUGGAUGAGAUCACUCAAACCGUACCUAUCAUGCUUCAAGAUCCUGACUGGAAGAAGCGUCAUGCUGGUCUGAUGGCCGUCUCGGCUUGCGGCGAGGGCUGUCACAAGCAAAUGGAGGGAAUGUUGGGCUCAAUCAUUCAGGCAGUCGUUCCUCGCAUGGCAGACCCGCAUCCACGUGUGCGUUAUGCAGCCUGCAAUGCAAUUGGUCAAAUGGCUGCAGAUUUUGGACCGAAGCUACAGAAAAACUACCAUUCGGCGAUUAUCCCCGCCAUUCUUCACGUUCUCGAUGAUGAAGUUCCCCGUGUGCAAGCCAAUGCUGGUGCUGCACUAGUAAACUGCUGUGAGACAUCACUCAAAGGUGUGUUAAUUCAAUAUCUGGAUGACCUUGUAAAGAAGUUGGAGGAGGUGAUGACGGCAAAGUUCCAAGAGAUGGUUGAAAAAGGACACAAACUUGUUCUUUUGCAAACUGUCACGUCGAUUGCCGCUGUGGCCGACGCCGCAGGUGAAAACUUUGCACCAUACUAUGAUCGCUUCAUGCCUGGUCUAAAGUACAUAAUGGAGAACGCAGUUCACCCAGAUUUACGACUUCUACGCGGCAAAACAAUUGAAUGCAUCAGUUUGAUUGUACUGGCAGUAGGAAAAGAAAAAUUCAUGCAAGACGCCAGUUCAAUUAUGUCUCUCUUCAUGAAGACUCAGGUCGGUACCGCAGCAGAAGGAACCGGGGACGCCUCGGCUGAUGAGCAGUUCGAUGAUGAUGACCCACAAGUAAACUACAUUAUCACCGCGUGGGCGCGUAUCUGCAAGCUUCUUGGCCGCUCUUUUGAACCCUUCCUCCCCAUGGUUAUGCCGCAGGUUUUGAGGACAGCACGGAUGGCUCCAAAAGUUUGUGUUCUUGAUAAUGAGGAAGCAGAAAGCUUUGAUCCUGAAUCCUGGCAAAUUCUAUCCAUUGGCGAGGACCAAAACUGUGCUAUAAGGACUAGUAUUCUUGAAGACAAGGCGACUGCUUGCCAGAUGCUUGUGUGCUAUGCUCGAGAGCUGAAAGAGAGUUUUGCACCCUACUGCGAAGACGUUCUCAACACCAUGCUACCGAUGCUCAAUUUGUGUCUCAAUGAUGAGAUCCGUAGUGCGGCAUCCGAGAUAAUGCCCUAUUUGAUGGACAGCAUGAAGAAGACGCGGCCAGAUCUUGUGGCCAGCGCUUGGGAUAAGGUGUUCACCAAGCUCAUGGAGGCUAUUUCCACAGAGCCUGAACGUGACUUAGUCGCUGACCAUCUGGAGGCUCUUGCGAGCUGCAUUGAACGUCUCGGUGUUGGUUACCUCAACUAUGAACGCAUGACUGAGAUUCACCGACUUCUCGACCGAUUCUUCCAUGAGCAUUUCGAGAAAGACGAAGAACGAGAUGCUAAGCGACAGGACGAGGACUACGAUGAGCAGGAGGAAGAGAGAAUUUUAAACGAGAAGGAUGAGGACGAGUACGUUCUUUCCAAGAUGUGCGAAGUCAUGCGGGCAAUAUUUUCAACCUAUAAGACGGACGCCCUUCCCCUCUUCCAGCAGCUCAUGGUUCACGUUGUGAAACUUCUGGAGCCCAGCCGUCCGUGGUCCGAUAUGCAGUGGGGUCUUUGUUUCUGCGCCGAUUUAGUUGAGCACGCCGGGCCCCAAUCCUUUGGUAUGAAAGAUUUCUUCAUUCCUGCUUUCGCGAGGGCAAUAAUGCAUCGGCAGAACGACAUUAGACAGAUGGCCAUCUAUGGAAUUGGUGUGAUGGCCAUGUACGGCGGACCUGACUAUACCGCGACUCUAACUGAUUUCGUGCCUCCACUGAUGCAAAUCAUCGAAUCUCCCGAUGCUGCUAGUGAUGAAAACAAUUUGUGCCGAGAAAAUGCGGUGUCGUCUAUGACAAAGAUAAUGAAGUACCGCUCCGAGUGUCUGAUCCCGGCUGGACUGACAGAUCUGAAUGCAUUGAUCGUGCGCUGGCUCUCGUGGCUGCCGAUUUGGGAGGAUGGUGAGGAAACGGACCACGUUUACGGUUACCUCUGUGAUCUUGUGGAGGCCAACAACCCAGCUGUUCUUGGAGGACCCUCCAACACCAAUCUGCCGCGCAUCGUUGCUGCUAUCGCACGUGUCUUCUCGGAAAAGAGUCUCUUUCGUCCUGAUGAGGAGGAAGGAAGUGCUGGUGCUUCGACUGCCAGUGGAAGCGGAGAUAAGCAGGUGAAUGGUGCAAAAUCGACCCCUGGGACUCCUUCCGUCUACGAUCGCUGUGUCUCCAUCCUUCGGCUCAUUCAGGCUAAUUCAACGGUCUAUGAGGCCUGUAUGGCACAGUUACCGGAAAAGGAAAGACAAGCUGUUGUUGAAUGUCUCAGUUAG